ACAAUUUUCUGGGAGUCCACCAGCAUCAGUCCUUGCUUUUGCUAACAAUGGCAUUGGCGCCAGAAAAAUCUGAUGGAAUUGAAGAAGAAAUUUCAGAGAUAGAAAAAGGUCUUGUAAGCACCUCUCAUACGCCAAGAACCAACACAAGCGAUGAUUUUCGUUCAUCAGCUGCACCCCCAACCCUCCCUCAAAAGUUGAUUGCAGAGUUGAUUGGCACAUACUUUGUGAUAUUUGCUGGGUGUGGUUCGGUGGCUGUGAACAAAAUAUAUGGGAACGUCACGUUUCCUGGCGUAUGUGUAACAUGGGGUCUCAUUGUCAUGGCCAUGAUAUAUUCAGUCGGCCAUAUUUCUGGGGCACACUUCAAUCCGGCCGUCACCAUCACCUUCGCCGUCCUUCGCCGGUUCUCUUUCCGGGAGGUCCCAUUAUAUAUAGUAGCUCAAGUAUUGGGAUCAAUAAUGGCUAGCGGCACAAUUGCUCUACUUCUUGAUGUAACCCCAAAUGCUUACUUCGGAACUGUUCCAGUUGGAUCUAGUGUCCAGUCCUUGGUCUUUGAAAUUAUCAUCUCCUUCCUCUUGAUGUUUGUCAUCUCUGGAGCUUCCACAGAUAGUAGAGCGAUUGGUGAUCUAGCCGGGGUUGCCGUUGGAAUGACAAUACUAUUAAAUGUCUUCAUUGCUGGGCCAGUUUCAGGGGCUUCGAUGAACCCGGCGAGGAGCUUAGGGCCAGCGAUUGUGAAGCAUGUGUACAAAGGGUUAUGGGUGUAUAUAGUGGGACCAAUAACUGGAUGCCUUGCAGGAGGAAUUGCAUAUAAUUUCAUCAGGUCCAAACCACUCGCCAGUUGAGUAACCCAGAAAUAUCUACAAGAACGAUAUUCUAAACUAUUUUAAUAUACGGAGCGAGGGUUUAAACAUACGGAAGAGAGGGUUUGAACUCUGCUUUAAAGGGACACAUACUGCCUUGGCCAACUGGCCUCACUCAAUUUGCAGUUCUCUCUAGAUUCUUUAUAAACGACAUGCAUGACGCAAAUGCCCUUUCAAUUGUUUUGGUACCUUGGAAUUAGAUUAAACAGGAUUA